CGUUGAUUUCAUGGAACUUCUUCAUCUCCUUCCCUCCUCUUAUUACAAUUUGAUUACAAAAAAACGAACUACUGACGAAUACAAAGCAGCAAGUGGUAGUAGCAGUAGUAGAAGAAGAAAAGGAUAAAAGAGAAAUUAGUUUUCAGAAGAAAAAAAUUAUAAUUUACUUUAUGUUCGAUAGAAAGCCUAAGUGAGAAAACAAGAAAACACAAAGACUUCAAAAAAGAAGGUCCAUCUUUGAUUAAUCUUGUUUUUUCUUACUUGGGUUUUGUUUAAAUUCAUUUUUCGAUCAAAGGGUUUCAUUUUUGAAUCAAAGGGUUUCAUUAAAGAUUGUAUUUUUAGAGGAGUUAUAGUGAAUGUAUUGAAAAGGGUGAAGUAGAGGGAGUGAAUAAUGUCUUGUGCUUUGUUAUAUGUAGUUUCACCAAAUACAGAGAUCUCAAAAUUCAUUUCAUAUGGAUUACCUGAUUACUCCAUUAAAGCUGCUUUGAGUUCAAAUUUUGAUGGGAGAAUUAAAGGGAAGAAGAAAGGAACAAGAUGGAGUUCUUUCUCUUUUACUUCAGACUUGAAGUAUACUUGCUUGAGUGGUGGUGGGUCAGACAAUGCUGGAAAUUUCCCUGUUGUGUCCAGUUUAGUUGCAAAUUCAGCAGCUGAAGUUGCAGUUUCUUCAGAGCAAAGGGUUUAUGAUGUUGUGUUAAAGCAAGCAGCUUUAGUUAAGGAGCAAUUGGGGUCUUCUGGGCAAAUUGAUGUCAAGCCUGAUAUUGUAGUUCCUGGGACUCUAAGUUUGUUGAGUGAAGCUUAUGAUCGGUGUGGGGAAGUCUGUGCUGAAUAUGCUAAGACCUUUUAUUUAGGUACAUUGCUCAUGACACCUGAGAAGCGUAAAGCUAUUUGGGCAAUCUAUGUGUGGUGCAGGAGAACAGAUGAGCUUGUUGAUGGGCCUAAUGCUUCUCACAUAACACCCAAGGCACUAGACAGGUGGGAGUCAAGGCUGGAGGAUUUGUAUGCAGGUCGUCCAUAUGAUAUGCUUGAUGCAGCCUUAUCUGACACGGUUCAAAAAUUUCCCGUCGAUAUACAGCCUUUCAAGGACAUGAUUGAAGGGAUGAGACUGGACCUUAAGAAGUCAAGAUACAAGAACUUCGAUGAACUCUACCUUUACUGUUACUACGUAGCAGGAACUGUUGGCUUAAUGAGUGUUCCUGUAAUGGGCAUCGAACCAGAAUCAAAAGCAACUACCGAGAGCGUCUAUGGUGCUGCUUUGGCAUUAGGAAUUGCAAAUCAGCUAACCAACAUUCUUAGGGAUGUCGGAGAAGACGCAAGAAGAGGAAGGGUUUAUUUACCACAAGACGAGCUGAUGCAAUCUGGGCUUUCAGAUGAGGAUAUAUUUGCUGGUAAAGUUACAGAUAAGUGGAGAAGUUUCAUGAAAAAACAAAUUAAACGGGCAAGAAUGUUCUUCGAUGAAGCAGAGAGUGGAGUAACACAGCUCAGUGCAUCUAGUAGAUGGCCGGUUUGGGCCUCAUUGUUACUGUAUCGCCAAAUAUUGGAUGAGAUCGAAGCGAACGAUUACAAUAACUUCACGAAGAGAGCUUAUGUAAGUAAAGCAAAGAAGGUAGUAGCAUUGCCAGUUGCUUAUGCAAAAUCUAUUUUGGGAUCUACGAAAAAAACACAGCAGACCUUACAAGCAUCGAAGAAAUAGUGUUACUUUAGAACAUACUUACGUUGUAACUAGGAUUAAUGAAAAGCCCGGAUUGCUGUAUAUUAGAAGGAAAGAAAAACUACUCUUGAUGAAUGAAAUAUCCUUACUACCACAAGUUGAUCAUGAAAUUGUUCAGGAAAGCCACAUUGGCGGAUCUUAACAACGAAGUAGUUACAUCGCAAGCAUUAUACAGAUUACAGAAAUUUUUGAUUGGAAAUCAAAUCAUAUUGAAAUUGUUGAGCAAUGAAACAAAAUUGAAAAGUCGAAAA